AGAUUAGUUUACUUCAUAUUAACUAAAUUUAUUAAAAAGUGAAAAAUGUUUAAAAAAUUGCGACAAAAAUUGGAGAGUGAUGAAGUGGGUAACUCUCCUGGGAAAGAUGGAAUACGAAGAGAUGACCGCAGACUGAGUUCUGCAUCAUCAAGUGCAUCGCGUCUUGCAGCAUCAAAUCUUGUACGAACUGAUAGUUUGUCUUCACUUAAUGGGUCAGAGGUAGAAAUGCCAUCAGAUAGUUCUAGUAAAGAAGAGCUAAGUUCAAUGUUGAUCCAUCGAACAACACAAGUUAAACGACUUGAAGUAAAACUUGCAGAAUAUGGACAAACAUUAAAAGAAAGAUCACGAGAAUGUGAGAAAUUAACUUCUGCACUUGAGAAGCAACAAGAUAAUGCAUUAAGAAAAUUAAAUGAAUUAAAUGAAACUUAUACAAGAGAUAAGAAAAGAAGUGAAGGAAUAAUAUUGAAACUUGAAGAGACAGAAAAAGGACUUUCUACUAAUGUUGAACGAUUGGAAACGGAAAAUGAAAAAAUGAAAGAAUCUAUUGAUAAAUGGGAGAAAGAAAAAGAGGAUUUUGAGCGGAAAAAAACAGAAUUUUAUGAAAAACGUGAUAAUUCUGAAGAAUUACAUGACCUGCAAAACCAAGAACUUGCCAAACUAAAACACAUGUUGUUAAACAGUGAGAAGCAAGUAAAGGAAUUACAAAUUUCCCAUGAUGGAAACUUAGCUGAAUUAAUCCAAUGUAGAGAAAGAAAUGAUGAACUUGAAUCAUUGCUAUGUGCAACCAAUAGUAAAGUGGAAUUAAUUGAAACAACAUUACAACAUACAACAACUGAAAAAGAAAUUUUGUCCGACUGCAAAGUGAAACAUGAACUAGCGAUAAAGAGUUUAACCUCUGAGAAUUCAAACUUACGAGACAAACUUUCUUGUUUAGCUUUGGAUCUACAAAAAACUCGUAGUAGUUUAUCUUCAUUAGAAAACACGUACAGUAGCUUGGUAGAGAAAUAUGAAGGAUUAAAACACAACAAUGAAUUUAUGCUGGCAAAGACAAAAAGUGAAAAUGCCGAGAGUGAAAGUUUAAUUUCCCAUCUACAAGAAAAGUUAAAGACAUUGGAAUUACGAUCGCAUACGGAUAAACUACCACAGGAUGAAAGAUUACAAGCUGUUAUGGCAGAUCGUUUGUCGCUUGAAAACAAGUUGGAAGAAUCCCGUCAACAAUUGUUGAAUAUUAAAUCGACAUGGUCCGAUAAGAUUAACUUAUUGGAGAAACAAGUUUCAAAUUUAAAUGCCAAAAUAUCUGAAGAUCGGGAAGAAAUUGCUCAAAAAGAUGAAGAAAUUGAAAGUUUAAAAUCACAGAUGAAGGAACAGGUUGCUGCACUCAGUGAAGAACUGAACACUUGCAAAGUUCAUAAUGAUGAUCUGACCACGCACAACAAUUCCAUCUUGUUGCAAAUAUCUGAACUGGAAGCAAAGCUGAUUGAAAUGGAAACGAUGCACGAGAUGAAAAUCUCGAAGAUGAAACAGCGAGAAUCGGGGGUGAUCGACGGGGCAAAUGAGGUCGAGAGGAAACUGAGGAUGGAGAUUGAGAAGAGAAUUGAAGAACGAGAUCAAGCGAACGAUGAUAGAGAUCAGAUGAAGUCACAAUGUGAGUUAAAGCAGCAAGAGUUUAUGACGCGUGUCAAUCAACUUGAUGAGCAGGUGUCAACUCUACAACAAGAUAUUGUGAACAAAGUGAAUGAAAUACAAAGCAAGGAACGGCUAAAUAGUGAAAUGCUCAAAUCUAUGGAGGAUUUACGUAAGAAUCGCGAUGAUGUGAAAGAGAAAUUGGAAGAAAACUUAAAUUUGGUGAAAGAAACGUGUCAACAACUUGAAAUAUCUCAACAGCAUGUUACAACUCUGCAAGGAGAGGUGGCCGCAUUGAACGAUAAGCUCAAUCAGGUGAGGAAAGAAAAUGAAUCUUCAUCAUCGGAGGUACAGAGGACAUCGGAUCAACUUAAUGAGAUUGAGGAACAAUUAAAACAGUCACAAAGUUUAUUGGAUGCAAAAGAUGAGGAGAUACUUCAACUUAAUAAUCAGGCUGAUGGUUUGAAACACACGAUGGAAGCAAGGUCUGUAGAGUUGUUGGAAUGUAAAGAAGAAAUCGCUUAUUUAAAGAACAACCAAGUAGAGGGUGGUGAAGAAGUUGAUUUACUUCGAGCCGACCACGCAAGGUUGCAGGAAAGACUCACAGAGCGUGAAAGGCAACUUAAACUGACACAACAACGACUCAAUGACGUGAAAAAAACUUUACAAAAGGAAUUGAGCAAACAGCAAGGAGAAGCAAGCCACCCUCGAAAACGUUCGUCUUCGCGGCCAAGAGACGGAAUAUCUGCCUCACAUAACCAUAACUCCAACCAACAUAAUGGAAUUACAUUAGAACCAGAAGCUGAUCCUCUCCCAUCUUUCCUUGCUGGUAAAGUAUCAUUAGAUGAUCCUUCAUUAAGUGAAGAUCAAAAAGAUGUCGUCAGCAAAUAUCUUAAACACGUCGUGCUCCGAUUUCUUUCAUGUGGACAAUCAGAGGCACAACCGUUAAUUAAAGCAAUUUCAACCAUCUUACGAUUCACUCCUGAAGAAGAAAAACUUGUUAAAGAUGUUUUGGAAUAUCGGACGUCAUGGUUUGCUGCUCGACCAAACGCGAAGAACAUUUUAAAACCUUCGUUACGGGGCAAGAACUCGAGACACCACCGUAGAUAAUACGACGCCCAAUUCACUCAUUUUGCAACUUUUAUCAAAUUUUGAUACUUUGUUUAUAAAUCUAUCUCUUCUAGUUCUUAAUAGGACAAACACUGUUCUUCUUUCAGCGCUUCUUGCUUGCACUUUUAACAUAGAUGUGUUAACAAGAGUUAUAUAUUGGUGGUGGCCACUUAUUUAUUUAGUGCUAAUGGUUUGGUUAAUGGAUAUCUUAUGUUAAUGCCAGUGUUAAAUGUGCAAUAAAUUCAAUUAAAUUGCCAA